AUGGCUUCGCGACUCGCAGCGCGCAGAGGACCUGCCAAUGUCGACUACUCGGCAGUUGGAAAGGCAGGAAGGCGCACCGGAGUCACUCUCGACCAGCAACCUCUUGAUGCAUACGGAAUGGAGCAGAUUUCGGGUAUUUUCUCAUCGCCUCGGAAACCGUCACCGUUGAAGAACGUGGUCGUGCUGGAGACUGAGCGAGAAGAUGCUCCUAUUGAGGCACUGUCCGCGCAACGGUCGGCCCGAACUACGCCAAUUCGACGCCUCCGCUCGUCCUCGCCUAGAAAGAGCGGUAUUAGUGGUGCCGCAAGAAAGAGCAAUGGCGUCGACAUAUUCUCUGCGGCCAAGAGCUUGCGACAUGAAGACAUCGAAGAACAUGAAAAUACCCCGCCGCAGGCGUCAACACUAAUUCACGAUGCGCAAAGCCCACAGCCUGCUUCUGUCCGGACGUUGCAGAGGACACAACCGAGGCGAUUUAGCCCCAGUCCGCGGAAGUCACCCCUCGCCGACAGAAUGACUAUCACUCCGAGCCGACUGCACAAACCAAGAGCCAGUCUAGAACUACGGCGGAUUGAGAAUGAAAUCACUCCUUCUAUCGAGGAUGGCGAUUUUGAUGCAUACGAUGAAGCCACAGAAGACGUCGAAGCAGCUGUAGAUGCUGGCAUUGAUGUCCCCCCAUCAAGCGAGCACGCGGCAGGUGCCACACCGACGCCGCACCUGCGGCAGACUUCUGAGGAGCUGGGCGCCCCGAGUGUAGGCUUUGAUGAUGCUGAAACCGAGCCGGACCAAGCACUCGAAGAGCCAGCACCCCCAGCAUCACAAAACAAAGCAAACUCGAGGAAGAAGAGAAAAUCCGACGCGCUCGACCAGGACGAACCCGCUGCUUCGCCGAUACCGAACAAAGUUGCAAAACGAAGAGGACGACCUCCCAAAACGAGAAAUGCUACUCCGCCAGCACCGAGUCCCCAACCAUUAUCAGCAGAGGCAGAGGGGAAGCAGCCUCUAAGAGACAUCAAUACGAACCUGAAACUGUCUUCUCGACAGGAGAGAGAACUCGAGGCAAUUGUUGAGAAAGUCAGAGCACGGCCAGGCCCUCCGAGAUCAUUGUACAUCUUGCGACGAGAAACUCCCGCGGACGAUGGCAUAAUGCACACAAGAAGCGGCCGCGUCAGUGUCAGGCCCUUGGCAUAUUGGCGGAACGAACGAUGUGUGUACGGGACGAGCCCGGGCGGAGCGAGUCUGGCGGAUGGAGCGCGCUUCCCACUCAACAGCAUCAAGGAGAUUGUGCGCUCUGAAGAAGUGGCAGAAAGGAUUGACAGUAAGAAGUCGAAAGGCAAGAAAAAGAAGGGUAAAAAGGGCAAAAGCAAGGCGCGGCGGACUUCCGUCGAGGAGGGAGGAGACGCAGAACAAGACACAAAUGAUAGGUCGGACUCCGAAUUCGAACUGGGCAAUAUCCCAGAAGAUCCCGACGCCGAGCCAUGGGAGACCGGGACCGGCACGCUGCGAGGCAAUGUCGCUAUCUGGGACAAUGUUGAACAAGCGCCGACAGAGCAAGAGGAGGAGAUUGAAAUUGCUCAUGCAGCUGCAGCGAUCCCGACCCGAGAAGUCAAAGGCUCAGGUUCACAAGACGGACCUACUUUCCGAUAUGCGAAGUUGCUAUCAACAAGGUUCUUUGGUACCGGACUUGUAGACCUUCCCCCUGGCGGCAUCAAGCGACCGAAGAAUAGCCGCAAGAUGCAUAUGAGUUUCUUCGUUGUCAAGGGUAGGGUCACGGUUACCGUGGGCCCAUUGGGCGGCGAAGUUACUGGGAGCAUGAACCGAUUCAGCAUCGGCAAGGGCGGGUUCUGGCAAGUUCCACGUGGUAACCAGUAUUCCAUCGAGAACGAGAUGGACAAGCCAGCACGAAUCUUCUUUAGUCAGGCAUGUGAAUCUGCGCCAACAGAAGCUCAGGACUGA